AUGUCUGAUCCAGAACCGCGCCGAUCCUUCAGAGCCACCAAAGGACAGCACACCAAAGCAUUCGAGGAACUCGGCAACGGUCCCGACAUGAAGAACAAGCGGCAGUCAAAGAAGGGGGGCAAGAAGUCGUCGCAGAAAGAGGAGGCUCAAGACGAGGACGAGGAAGUCAUACGGUGCAUCUGCGGCGCGACGACCCAGGAAGACGACGAUGCCAACGAGCCAUGGAUUGCAUGCGACAAGUGCGGCGCCUGGCAGCACAACGUGUGCGUCGGCAUGAGCGUUUUCACAGAAGACUUGACCAAAGACUACUUUUGCGAGCAGUGUGCUCCCGACGACCACAAGGAGACUCUAGAAGCCAUCGCAAAGGGAGAGAAGCCCUGGGUGGAGCGACGCCAGAAGUACGAGGACGACAAGAAGAAGAAGAAAGGAAAGAAGGGGAAAGGAAAGCGGAUCAGUGAUACCCAAGGAAAGGAGAAGGAUCGCCUGUCGCCUGACAACGCCUCGUCGACCAACAAGAACAAACUGUCCCCAACCCCAGAUAUCAAAAAGGAGGAUAUAUCCCAGGAUGCUCUAGCAGCGUCCUCAAAGGGGAAGCGGAAAUCCCGCGAUCAUUCGCAAGGCCCUCAGUCGAAGAUUCAAAAGACGACAGAGACGCCAGCGGCACCAACACCUACUUAUCCUGCGUACACACCACCUGAUGACCUUCCUGCGACGAUUGCUGAGCUAGAAGCAGUUCGACAGCAGAAAGCCAAGGCUCUGCUCAAGUCGCUGGAUGUUGCAAUCGAACAAGCAGAGAGAAAGGGCUUGUAUGCUGUCCCAGCCGAUACGACCAAGAAGGCAGUCACGGAAAGACUGGCCAUCGAGAUUGAGCGAGCGUUUCAUGAUGCGCAUGGCACCAAUUCCGGUGCUGCAGCGCAACUAAGGACGCUUGUAUUCAACCUCAAGGGCAACGUGGACUUGUCCGCGCAACUGUUUAACAGGACACUGCCGCCGCCUUCAUUCGUCAUCAUGACUGGCGAGGAGCUUGCGAAUAAGGAGCUGCAGAAGGAGAACGCCGAGCUCAAGGCUCGAGCGGAGAAGCAAUCCAUCCUGAUCCAGCAAGAUGGACCGCGGAUGAGGAGGACACACAAAGGCGACGAAGUGGUGGAAGGCGAUGCCUACACAGCGGUCACGGAAGAAGCACCAUCUGCACUACGCCGCGCAGAUGCUAUGGAUGUCGACACGGACGAGGCGGCCCCAAAGGAGAAAUCCGCGGCGGCCGGCGCACCCCUUCGGGUUGACACAAAAGCAGCAGCUGGAUCGAACAAGCAGCAGAACUUCGACAUCGGCAAAGUCUUCAACAGCGUGCGCUCGCCCUCAGCAACUCACCAACGCCGGCAAUCUGCGCAAGUUCCAUCAGCUGGGCCUGGCGAGGACGCUGACGUUGAUCGCCUGCUCAAGGACGGCACAGAAUCACCACCAUAUUCACCGACACAGAACGUCGUCGACCCAGACGUCAUCUGGAGCGGGCCCCUGGUUAUGACAAACAUCGCAGAUGUCUCGGUAUCGGCAAAGCACGUCGGUGGAGCUGAUCUCAAGAAGGCAAAGAACAUUGAAUGGACAGAGCUCAUUCCUGCAGUUCUGACAGUAGCUGGGCGCAUUCCCGAGGACAAGGCUGUGCCAUAUCUUUGUGCCAUGCGGUACAACAACCAGAUCGAUCUCAUCUUCACGAGCCUUUCGCCGUCGAACGCAGGUGACGAGAUUGCCAAGAAGCAGUUCACCGAUGUCAUCAAGUAUUUCCAGUCUAAGAAGCGAUACGGCGUCGUCGGCGACAAGAAGCUGGGCAACGUGCGCGACACGUACCUGAUUCCAAUCUCCGAGGGCGACGGACCUCUGCCCGAGCCACUGCAGAACAUUGACGACCACAAAAUCCCCGUCAAGCGUAGUGAGCCUAUGCUGCUCAUGGUUUUCGUGUUCAGGGACGAGAAGCAGGCUCAGAUACCACUCGAGCAGCAGAAGCUCGAAUUACAAGGCGCAAGCCCGACGACGAGCGAUCAAAGCACACCGGUACCACACCGCCACUCUGUUGCGACGCCAGGGUAUUCUCCGGCGACGCCUCACGCUCCUCAAGCUCCGGGAGGUGGCAUCCAUCCCACACCACCUCCCCAAUACAGCCAGACUCCUGUGCCACCGCCGUCGAUACCAGGCCAGCCAUCCCAGCAUGCACCACCACGACCGCCGCAGCCCCAUCCUAGCCAGGCCACAGCGCCGCACGAUCCUAACGCGGCAGCAAUGAGGGCGGCGCAGGCCGAAGGCGAGAGGAAAGCCCGCCAGGUACUCGGACCUCUGUUCGCGAGUGCCACAGUGACUUUCCUCCUCCCGCACGCCGCCCGGAUGAAGGAGGGUGAAUGGAAUGCAGUUAAGCGCUGCCUCGAGCGCGAUCCUCGGGCACGCGACGACCUGCCGCUGCUGAGCAAGCUGCUGACAGAAGAAGGCAACAACGCUCGGCAGGCUGGUCAACAGCAGCAGCAACAGCAGCAGCAAGGAGCCGCACCAGGCGGAGUUCAGAAGACAAUGGCAGCUGCCGGACGCCAGCCGAGUCCUGCCGGACCUCGCCCGACUCCUCAGCAGCACCAGCAAGCACACGCAAUGCAGGGCAAGCAGCAGCAGCAUCCUCACCAACCGGUGCUGCCCCAAACUCAGCAGCAGCAACAAUCGCAACAGACACAGCAGUCCGCAACAGGCAUGACAUCUGGGCCUGCUGCAGCUGCAGCGGCACGUGCACCUCAGUCGCAGCCAGCAGCCGUGCCAGCAUCGGCACCAGCACCGUCGCCACUCACGCAAUCGCAACCGCAGCAGCAGCAACAGCAAGCAGCGGCACAGAAACAAUAA